CGGACAUAGAAAAACCUAUUAAGGGGGGGAAGGAGAGAGUAAAUGAAAAAUGAAUAAUUGCAGUACUUGCUAAUUUUUUUUUUUUUUGAUUAAUUAACAUUACCAAAAUGGAUUCAGACAUUUCAAAAGCAGUAGACACAUCGACUUAUAAAAGCCCUAUAAAAAGCAUAGAAAGAUCGUUAGCACUUGCAUUUCCAAUUUUUUAUGCAAAAGUGGAGUCUUCUAUGAAAGAUAUAUCAUCUUCUACUAUUACUCCUCUUCUCCGCAAUAAGCGACGACGACGCUUAAUUAUAAACUCAGAUAAUAAAAGGAAGAAGAAGAAGAGGGAGGUAAAUAAGCAUUAUCGUUGGCUUCAAACAAAUGUAAGUGCGGAAAAUAUAAUAAAGAAAAUCAAAGUAACUGAUCAAGAAGGUAAAUAUGAAAAUAUGAUAAAAAGAAAAAAAAACUUGUCAAGAUUUAUUUUUCUUUUUACCUUAGUCAAAGAAAUGCCUAUGAUGAAAGAUAAUGAAUUUUAUUGUUCUAUUUGUGAUAUUCAAUUUGAAUAUCAUGGAAGCUUUACGCGUCAUUUAAGAUAUACACACAAAUUAAAAAAGUUAUCUUCAGAUAUUAAAAAAGAAAUAAAUGCUACAAACGAGAAUUUACCUGAAUCUUCAUGGGAUGAUCAUUCUCUAAACACCCAACACCAAAAAAGGGCUUUUAUUGGGUCUCUGUUACAUAAGAGAAGCAAGUCACUACUGAAUGAAUAUAACUUCCUUAGCAACGAUGAAUCAAAGAAGGAUAAAAAGAUAUCAAAUGAUGAUGUAUCUUUUGAUAAUGAAAGUGUAUCUACUGAAGAAUUAUUAUCCUUGUUUUCUGAUAGUGAAAGCAUAUCAACUGAAGAGUUAUUAUCCUUAUUUUCUGAUCAGGAUGAUGAUGAUGAUGAAAGCAUGAAGAAUACACAUCAUUACCACUCUUGUCUCAAAAGUGAGGAUAAUAAUAAUAAUAGUUUCAAAUAUGAAAAUGUAUAAGCAUAAGGAAAUUUAUAACUGUAAAAAAGAAAAAAGAAAAAAAAA